GAGAAUUACGCAGUGACUGAAUAUUCUGAAAUGUUACAACUAUGAUCUCCUUUACAGACAAUUUUUGGGGGGAGAAAAACAAUGGAUUUGAUGUGCUGUAUCAUAAUAUGAAACAUGGCCAAGUUUCCAGCAAAGAAUUAUCAGACUUCUUAAGAGAAAGUUGCUCCGUGGAGGAAAGUUACUCUAAGUUGCUGACGAAGCUUGCUAAAGUUGCCAAUAACAACAGUCAGAAUGGGUCAUUUGCCCCAUUUUGGCAGGUAUUGAAGGCCCUUGCAGAGAAGCUGUCCUCUCUACACAUGCAGUUGAUGCAUUCAUGGCAGGACCUCAUCAAAGAUGUACAGAAAUACACAGAGGAACAACAUAAGAAACAUAAAUCUGUGAAGGAAUCUGAAUCCAGUACAAUAGAAACAGUGCAAUCCAUACAAACAACCACAGUUGCUUUACAAAAAGCUAAAGACUUGUACCACACCAGGAGUAUAGAGUACGAGAAGUUAAAACGGGAUAACGCAUCUGCUAAAGAAGUAGAAAAAGCAGAAGUAAAGUGCAAAAAAGCAGGUGAUGACUAUAAAGGUCUAGUGGAAAAAUACAAUAAUAUUAGGAAUGAUUUUGAAACAAAAAUAUUUGACGCAUGUAAUAAAUUCCAAGAGAUUGAAACAAUGCACAUACAGCAGAUGAAGAGCUUUUUAGCCACAUAUGCAAAGGGUUGGGAGGGGGGCCAUACACUCAUAGGCCAAGUACAUGAAACAUUUAGGAACAGUUUAGAUGAACUCAAUGAGGAAAAGUUAUUAGAAACAUUUGUUGAGAAUAAAAAGACUGGUGCUGAGAAACCAGGUUUAAUACAGUUUGAGGAACCUGACUUGUCUUCAUUGCCAGCUGCAACAUCAAGUACCUCGCUAGAAAGCCAAGAUAAAGCUCCAGUAGACAAACCUAAACCUCUAAGUCUCGGAGCUAUUACAUACAUUCCAGGGUUUAAGAAGAAGAAAGAUAAGCGUGACAAGAAGAAGAAGAAAGACAAGAAGAAAGGAAAAGAUCAGGUGGAGCAAGAAGAGAGGAAAACUCCAGAAGUUGAUGAAGAUGGUUUCUCUAUCAGACCAGAGAAUCCUUUGGGAGACAAGGAUGGCAAUAGCUGGUACUCAAGUUCAGAUUCAGACUCAGAUGGGGAAGAAAAGAAGAAAAUUAAAGUUGAAAUCAAACCAGUGAACUCCACUGCACCAGUUGCCACUGGCAACGUGGAUGACAUCAGAAUAUCUGUAGGAUCUCUACGUUUAUCACCCACACAUACGAAAAAGCCAAUGAAGACAAAUAACUCAGAUGCCAAUAUGAAGAGGUCACAGUCCGUUUCAGAUACUCUAGGGAAUUCCAAGAUGCCAAGUCAGGAUCUACUAGGUUUGGAUCUAUUUGGUUUGUCUUCAAGUGCUUCCACACCUACUGGGACUACCUAUACAUUCCCCUCACCCAACAACUCCUUACAUAAUGACACAACUAGCAAUACAAGUCGUGACAACACCCCCUCUUCUAAUCCUCUAUUCAAUUUAGAUGAAUCUGGUAGUAGUGAGGGUGGAACAAUUGCCCCCUCUUUGCCUAAUAAACAACGGCCUCGUUCAACCACUCCCACUGCUGGCUCUAGUCUAUUUCCUGCCCCACCCCCGCGGCUUGCAGCACCUAGGAAAAUUAGUGGCCCACAGUCAACAAGUAGACCGACUGGCCGUCAAAGUCCCGCAGCCCCAUUUACACGGGCAGAUAGUUCAGGUAGUUUAGGUUCCGUCACAUUCAAUACCACUUCAAUGCCAACAGGAUCAUCAAGGGGACCCAGCCCUCUAACUAUAGGAAUGUCUGACACAAUUCCAAUUGCAAUAGCUUUCACGGAGCAAGUGAAUGCUCUCUUCCAAGGCUCGGAUGAAACUAAGUGUAAAGUGAAGUCCACGGGAGAUGUGACCAUAUCGUUCCCUACAGGAAUUGUUAAGGCCCUGCUAGAUAACCCCAACCCUAGUGUUUUAACUUUCCGAAUGAAAAAUGUGCAAAGCUUACAAGAUAUAGUGGUCAAUAAGCAGCUUGUAACAGAAGAAACAUCGCAGUCAACCAGUCAAUGUAGAGUGUAUUCCUUUGAUAUGCCAAAUCUCUCUGAACAUCUACGGAAGCAACAUGAAACUAAUCAGGGUUCUAGCUAUUUCAAUAUUGACAUUCUUAAAUAUCAGAUUAUACAGUCAGGUAUACAGUCCACACCUCUACAUCUGACAACAUAUUGGAAAUGUGAGCCUCAUCAGACAGACUUCAGGCUGGAUUACACUUACAAUGGGGCUGCUAUCAGUCAGAAGUCACCUCUGUCUAAUGUCACUGUGACCUGCAUUGUGACUGGAGAUGUUACCAACAUGCAGGCUAAACCCUCAGGAAUAUGGAAUGGUGCAAAUAAGCGUGCAGUAUGGAAGCUGCCAGAUAUCAGUGAUAUGAAUGAGGAUGGGGGUCAGGGAUGUUUACGUGCCAAAUUUGACCUCGCAGCUGGCCCCACCAACCCCAGUGCAGUAGCGGUACAGUUCACCUGCGAAAACUCAUCACUGUCAGGAAUUGAUUUUGAACUUGCGGGAGGUGGUUACAGACUAUCACUUGCAAAGAAACGAUUCACAUCAGGUCGGUAUAUGGUCCAGGUCUAGCAUGAGGUAGAUACCUUGUAGAGACAGAUGCAGAUGUCAGAUAUGUGUAGUUUAAAGUUUUUGACCUGGUAACAUUGGACCAUCAUGUUGAAGAGACCAAAAUGCAUUUGUUCCUGUUGCUUCUUUCUUUGGCCCUUAGAUGUCACAACAGAACUUUUAUAUCACAGAUGACUCCAAAUUGUCACAACAGAAUUAUGCUAUGUGACAAUUAUUGGCACAACAGACAAGAUAAUUUUU